GGAUUUUCACUCUCAGUAGGGUUAUUAUCUUAGGAAUCUUAGUAUUUUCCAUUUACCAUUUUGUAAGGAGCUACUCUCCAUUCCACCCUAGUGCUGUUUCCAUUGUAAGAAGUUGUCACAAUCAUCAAUAUAUGACACUGUUAUUAGCUAUUAUUACUGUUGGGGUCUAUUAAUUGGUAUUCAGAGCACGAUCUGGGUGCAUAUGGUAGCUACGAGAAUGGAACGUAUCGAAAGUUUAGAGAAAAGGAUGGAGGAGAUUCGUAUGGAGAAUCGGCAGUUGUUGGAUGAGGCAAUGAUGGAGUUGCGUGCAUUGAUUAUACAACAAAACAACAAUCGACGCGAGGAUGACGAUGUUGCUGUUCGUGAACGCCGACUAGAUCGACGAGAGGAGAGGAUGAGGCGUUUGGAGGUCCCGUAUUUUUCCGGGGAAGAUCCUUAUGGGUGGAUUUAUCGUGCUGAGCGAUAUUUCACAAUCAACCACAUUCCAGAAGAGGAGAAGGUGCUUGCAGCUUCGAUUUGCUUUGAAGCAAAAGCACUUAAUUGGUUUCAAUGGUGGGAAGCUAGGACGGAGCGUAUUACAUGGGUGCUGUUGCGACGGGCGUUGUUGGGACGUUUCCAGGAUGCGACGUCGGAGAAUCCAUAUGAAGUGUUAAUGAGCUUGAAGCAGACUCAUUCUGUUGCUGAAUUCAUCGAGCAAUUUGAACUCGUGUCGUCACCGUUACGCCAUGCUGAUGAAGAGAUGCUCAGGGGAGCAUUCAUGAAUGGAUUGAAGGAAGCUGUGAGAGCAGAGGUGCGUUUACAUGGCACCACCGAUUUGGGUAGUACGAUGAAGAUGGCAAGAAAGGUGGAAGAAAAAAAUAGGGUGAUGGGCCUGGAUGGGGGUGUAGCGAGUAAGAAAAUUGGGCCAGUUGAUAAUAGGCCCGCUUUGAAGAGUAGAUGGGAUGGGUCGGGUCAAGGAUCCGGGUCUUCACAAAAAAAUAACUCCAUUACUGAGGCCCAGGGAUCAAAUACGGUGAAGUCUGGUCAACCAAGUAAUUCGGAGAGUUUGGGGUCAGUGGCGCAACGUUCCGGUGGGUCAAGUGGUGGCGGGUUUCGUCGGCAGUCGGGUUUUCGACGUCUUUCUGAUGCGGAAUGGGAAGAUCGUAGACAGCGUGGUUUAUGUUUUCGUUGUGAUGAAGCUUUUUCACCGGGUCACGUGUGUAAGAAUCGUCAUCUCCAUGUGUUACUGCUUGGGGAUGGUGGAGACGAUGGCGACGGUGACGAUGGCGUGGAGGAGGAGGUGCGGGCUAUGCAAUUGCAUAUGGGGAGUGCAACGGGUAUGACGUCUAAGAAGUCGUUGAAGCUAUGGGGAAGAAUUCAAGGUAAAGCUGUCAUGGUACUUGUGGAUUCAGGGGCAUCUCACAAUUUCAUUUCUCAUGAGAUUGUAGCUGAACUUGGCAUCAAACCAGAUUCAAGUUUAGAGUAUGUGGUGGAGGUUGGUGAUGGUCAUAAGGUGCGGAAGAGAGGGAUGUGUCGUGAUUUGCAAUUAGCAUUGCCUAAUGUAAAUGUGGUACAGAAUUUUUAUUUGUUUGAUUUGAGGGGUGUGGAUGUAGUGUUGGGAUAUGAAUGGUUGGAAGGGUUAGGGAAGAUGGAAGCAGAUUUCAGGGAGCAUGUUUUGUGGGUUACUAUUGAUGGCAAGAGGGUAGAAAUACGGGGUGACCCUCAAUUAUCAAGGACAGUGGCGUCUUUGAAAGCUAUGUUCAAAGAAUUUCAUAAAGGAGGUGAGGGUUUUUAUGUGGAAUUGAAUGUUCUGAAUCUGUGCUCCCAAGAGGUUAAAGGGGAAGUAGCUGGCUUGUCUGACAUGUUGGAAGAGUAUGGCGAUUUGUUUCGAGAGGUGGUGGAGUUACCUCCUCAUAGGCGAUGCGAUCAUGCUAUUGAUAUUAAAGAAGGAUCUCAGAUACCUAACAUCAGACCAUAUAGGUAUCCCCAUCACCAAAAGGAGGCAAUUGAAAGCUUUGUGAAGGAUAUGUUAGCUGCCGGUCUAAUUCGACCAAGUGUAAGUCCCUAUGCUAGCCCUUUAAUUUUGGUGAAAAAGAAAGAUGGUAGUUGGAGGUUUUGCACCGAUUAUAGGGCUUUGAAUAAUGUUACAACCCCUAACAAAUUUCCCAUUCCUGUGAUCGAUGAAUUAUUAGAUGAAUUGUGGGGAGCCGCUAUAUUUUCUAAGUUGGAUUUAAAAUCUGGCUAUCACCAAAUUAGGAUGAAGGAGGGUGACAUUCAUAAGACCGCAUUUAGAACCCAUGAGGGACAUUACGAGUACCUAGUAAUGCCGUUCGGUUUGACAAAUGCUCCGUCUACAUUUCAAGCUCUUAUGAAUGACAUUUUCAAACCAUAUUUGAGGAAGUUUGUAUUGGUUUUUUUUGAUGAUAUAUUGGUGUACAGUAGUGAUCCACAUACUCAUUUAGACCAUCUCAAGAUUGUGCUGGAGGUACUGAGAACACAAUUUCUCAAGUUGAAUGCCAAGAAAUGUUGUUUUGGAAUGGCACAAUUAGAGUAUUUGGGUCACAUAAUUUCCUCAAAAGGAAUUGCCGCUGAUCCGGAGAAAAUCAAAGUUAUGCAAGAAUGGCCCUUACCAAAAAAUCUGAAAGGAUUGCGUGGUUUCCUGGGGUUGACGGGUUACUAUAGGAGAUUUGUUAAAGGGUAUGGGCUGAUAGCCAGACCUUUGACACAUAUGCUGAAGAGAGACUGCUUUCAAUGGAGUGAUGAAGCACGUCAGGCGUUCGAGACAUUGAAGGGAAAGAUGGCGGAGUUACCCGUGUUGAAUAUGCCAAAUUUCCAAAUUCCUUUUGAAAUCGAAACUGAUGCGUCCGGAUUUGGGUUGGGGGCAGUAUUGAUGCAACAGGGCAGACCCUUAGCGUUUCUAAGUCAAGCUUUAUCUGACAGAGGAAGACUCAAAUCUGUGUACGAACGCGAACUGAUGGCCAUUGUGUUAGCUGUACAGAAAUGGCGGCAUUAUUUGAUGGGUAGCCACUUCAUUAUACGAACUGAUCAACGAAGCUUAAAAUAUUUGUUGGAGCAAAGGUUGUUAGAUGGAGAACAACAAAAAUGGGUGGCAAAGUUGCUGGGAUACGAUUUUGAGAUUCAUUAUAAGGAGGGAAAGGAGAAUAGAGUCGCGGAUGCAUUGUCACGUGUGGUGGAUAUGAAGGCUAUUUCCAUGGUGAGUACGGUAGAUUGGAGUAUUAUUGUGGAGGAAACAACUCAAGAUGAACAAUUGCAGAAGUUAAUCCAAGAAUUGGUAGUGGAUCCGAAGUCUCAUCCUUUUUUGAAUUUAGAAAAGGAUGUUUGUGGCAUAAAGGAAGGGUGGUUUUAUCUUCCAAGUCCAGUAAAAUACCUAUUAUUUUAGAAGAGU